AUGACCACUGGUACUUACUGGAACAUUCUCCAGAUGGCCACCGAACAAUCAACUUCUGCAAUGGCACCCCUGUGGGAAUGGUGGACCUCUACGGAUGAGGGCAAAUCAAAGAUCGAUGAUCUUGGAUUUCUCGAGUUAUUCUCAGAAGAGAAUCCUGUUGUCGACAUUGUCGCCAUCCACGGCUUGAACGGCCACAGAGAAAAAACGUGGACGUCAGAAGAUGGAAAAAUGUGGCUGCGCGACUUCCUGCAAGACGACUUGCCUCGUGUUCGAGUCCUCUCUUACGGAUAUGACGCCGAUACGCACAGUCGAGAACGUGUAUCAACCGAGACCAUACAUCGGCACGGUAAUAACCUAGCCAAUGCUCUUUCACGGGCGCGUAAAGGCGCUUCUCGACGCCCAAUCAUAUUCGUUGCCCACGAUGUGGGAGGUAUUAUCCUCAAAUGGGCGCUCGUAAUCUCCAACAAUAAAGACCCGAAUUCAGAUGGCAAUCUCCGAGAUAUUCUUGUAUCUACCUACUCCAUCCUGUUCUUCGGAACACCCCAUUUUGGCAUAGAAGAUCCUCUCCCCGGGACAACUGAUCGCCUUCUAUCAAUACCCAUGUAUACGACAAACGUCAUUCUCAAAGUCCUUCAGCCGUACUCAUCCGAACUUGAAAACAUACAGAAGCUGUAUCUCGAGGUGAGCAAGAAGCAAAAAACGUAUUCUUCUACGCGGAAUACGAGACUUGUCGGAAAUCUCGAAGGAAGCUGGAGUAUCAAAACCCUGGAGAACGUGCUGGCUAAAACAAGUCAUAGAACGUUCGAGCUCACGAGGCAGUCAUCCGUCAGGUUCGCUUCUCCAGAGAGUGACAACUACCAGACGGUUCUUUUCUAUCUCAAGGAACAUUUCAAGAAAGCUUCACGUGCAGUAGACGACAAGUGGCUCGAUGCUAUGAGACAGGAUCCCCUCAAAGCAGUUUCUGAGAUUUCCCAUCUAUUUUUUGAGAAAACCAAGACUAUAAACGAGAAGACUAAUGGGUACAAAGUACUCAGGGAUAGUCUUGAAGCACAUAUAUCCAUCUUGGAUGAAGGAUAUCUCCAGACGGUCGAGGAUGGACAUAUGGACCAAAUGCCUGACGCGCUCAAGGAGUUCAACGAUGCAUGGAAACAUUACAUGGUCACUCUAAGAAACAUACUCACCAGAAUGGAUGAGUUGAAGCGCAGUAGAGAUCAAGGCGUCAAAGGAUUUAUCGAAAAGAUCAAGGGCGCCAAAAUUGACACAGGAGAUAUUGCAGACUACAAACAGGAAAUCUUACAAGCGACACGCAUAUGCAAGGAUGUGGCCAAUUUCUGUCAAAAUCAGCUGCAAGCAGAAGUGUGGAAAGUAGCCCAACUCGAGCCCGAAAAGCCUCGUCCAAUGGGCACUCAGCACAAAACGUGUCUACCAGGUACACGUGUAGCGAUUCUGCGGGAAAUUCGGCAAUGGCGUCUGGACCCCAAUGCAGACAAGCGCAUCUUUUGGCUCUGCGAUGUUGGCGGGUCAGGAAAGUCCACGGUCACACUGACGAUGUGCGAGGAAUGGGAUAAUACCGAAAAUGUUCUAGUUGGUCGGUUCUUCUUUUCGAAGAAUGCUCGGCAGACAUCGGAGACGGAUGAUUUCUGCUCCGUCAUCGCAGGUGAUAUCGGUGGUCAAAACAAGACGAUCCUGAAGCAAAUAGAGACGAUCAGAAAAGAAGAUCCCAAUCUCCUUAUACGAGGACUACGCCAUCAGUUCACCAAGCUGAUCGAAGAACCAUUGCAGCUUGCAAGGACGGAUAUCGUCCUCGUGAUCGACGCAAUGGAUGAAUGCAAGAAGGAGACGAGGGGAGAGUUGAUCAAACUACUGGUUGAGAAACUUUCAUCGAUGCCUAAACUCAAACUCUUUAUAACGAGCCGGCCGGAGCCAGACAUCACUGCAAUACUCCAGGGUAAAGCGAUUGUACGCGGAAUGCAUUUCAAGAUGCAUGGCAAAGAGCAACAGUCCAACUUGGAUGACAUUAGGGCCUACGUCGAUGUACAUCUCGUCAACCUGCUUACCGAGCCUCAGCGCUGGAAGAUUGUAGAACGCUCGAAUGGACUUUUCAUCUGGAUCACGACAGCACAUCUUGAGCUACAACAGGCUCAAGGUCCGGCCGCAGUUGGCGCGACUCUCACAUCCCUCUUGACACGAGGUGAGGGUGGGGACAUUAACCAGGUCUAUACAAACAUCCUUCGUCGACUGCGACGAGAGCCGUCCAGUGGUACCAUACACAAGGUUAUGGGCACUAUCCUAACCUUGUUCGAGCCGGUGUCAACGGAGGCUCUGGAGGAGAUGACUGGGAUUGCAGACUCUGAGCUAAGACUGAUCUUAGGGUCGAUGCAAAGUGUAUUUCGGGUGGAGAGUGUGGUAGAGUUUCUACAUCCGACGUUUCGAGAAUACCUUCUCAGUCCAUACAACGUGGAUAUACCAUUCGACUCGACAGCAAUGCAAUCAGACUUGGCCUUAUCUGUGCUCACAGUGCUUCAGAGGGAUCUCAAGGAGGACGUUUGCGGCAUUUCCAUGCCGAAUGAGCCUUAUCCAAGGAACACGGACGUCAUGGAUCUGGAUAAACGACUGGAACGAUUAUGGACAAGUUGCCCGGCACUACCUUAUGCGGCAAAGUACUGGGGCUAUCAUGUGUCUACUGUCAUAACAGAGAAACAGGUGGCCCAGAUGCUGCAAAGGUUUUUAGAAAAUCAAAUUUUGUACCUCGUGGAGCUGUUAAGCUUGAUGGAUCAUGUACAUCUUAUUCGAAAUUUCGAGGAGAUUCGGCGAAGUUGUGAAUGCCAAGGGUUGGGUGAUGAGGUCGAGCUAUGCCAUGAUACAGUUAGACUUGUCCAGAGGCAUCAAAAAAUACUAGAGAAGAGUGCGCUGGAUAUCUACUCUUCAGGGCUACUAUUCCUCCCUCGAAAGUCACAACUGUGGACGAUAUACAAGAGCAAGUUUUCAGAUCGACUACCAAGAAUCAUUGGAGGACCAUCAGUGCAUUGGCCCUCACACCAGACUUUGACUGGACAUACCAAUACUGUCCAAUGUCUGGCCUUCUUGCCAGAUGGGCGCCGUCUUGCAUCUGGCUCUUGGGAUGGCACUGUACGCCUGUGGGAUGGGACCACCGGUGCAAGCCUUGGGACGCUUGAGGGACAUACCGGUCCUGUCCAAUGUCUGGCCUUCUUGCCAGAUGGGCGCCGUCUUGCAUCUGGCUCUUGGGAUGGCACUGUACGCCUGUGGGAUGGGACCACCGGUGCAAGCCUUGGGACGCUUGAGGGACAUACCGGUCCUGUCCAGUGUCUGGCCUUCUCGCCAGAUGGGCGCCGUCUUGCAUCUGGCUCUUGGGAUGGCACUGUACGCCUGUGGGAUGGGACCACCGGUGCAAGCCUUGGGACGCUUGAGGGACAUACCAGGGAGGUCCAAUGUCUGGCCUUCUCGCCAGAUGGGCGCCGUCUUGCAUCUGGAUCUCGGGAUGGCACUGUACGCCUGUGGGAUGGGACCACCGGUGCAAGCCUUGGGACGCUUGAGGGACAUACCAGGGAGGUCUGGUGUCUGGCCUUCUCGCCAGAUGGGCGCCGUCUUGCAUCUGGAUCUGAGGAUCACACUGUAUGCCUGUGGGAUGGGACCACCGGUGCAAGCCUUGGGACGCUUGAGGGACAUACCGAUGGGGUCUUGUGUCUGGCCUUCUCGCCAGAUGGGCGCCGUCUUGCAUCUGGAGCUCGGGAUGGCACUGUAUGCCUGUGGGAUGGGACCACUGGUGCAAGCCUUGGGACGCUUGAGGGACAUACCGAUGAGGUCUCGUGUCUGGCCUUCUCGCCAGAUGGGCGCCGUCUUGCAUCUGGAUCUGAGGAUCACAUUGUAUGCCUGUGGGAUGGGACCACCGGUGCAAGCCUUGGGACGCUUGAGGGACAUACCGAUGGGGUCUUGUGUCUGGCCUUCUCGCCAGAUGGGCGCCGUCUUGCAUCUGGAGCUUAUGAUCACACUGUACGCCUGUGGGAGGACCACCGAUGGGCGCCGCUUGCAUCUGGCUCUGGGGAUUGCACUGUACGCCUGUGGGAUGGGACCACCGGUGCAAGCCUUGGGACGCUUGAGGGACAUACCGGUCCUGUCCGGUGUCUGGCCUUCUCGCCAGAUGGGCGCCGUCUUGCAUCUGGCUCUGGGGAUCGCACUGUACGCCUGUGGGAUGGGACCACCGGUGCAAGCCUUGGGACGCUUGAGGGACAUACCAGGGAUGUCUCGUGUCUGGCCUUCUCGCCAGAUGGGCGCCGUCUUGCGUCUGGCUCUGAGGAUGGCACUGUACGCCUGUGGGAUGGGACCACCGGUGCAAGCCUUGGGACGCUUGAGGGACAUAGAGGUCCUGCCCAGUGUCUGGCCUUCUCGCCAGAUGGGCGCCGUCUUGCAUCUGGAUCUGGGGAUUGCACUUUACGCCUGUGGGAUGGGACCACCGGUGCAAGCCUUGGGACGCUUAAGGGACAUACCGAUUCGGUCCAAUGUCUGGCCUUCUCGCCAGAUGGGCGCCGUCUUGCAUCUGGAUCUUGGGAUUGCACUGUACGCCUGUGGGAUAUCACCACCCCACCCAGUUUGGAACCUCCUUAUGCACUCAAUCAUGCUCCCAGGCAUUUAUAUUUCUUCCAAG